AUGGGGAGAAGUGCUUUUGCCCUGGUCCUUGCCCUUGCCCUGGCAGUCUGUGUUGCCCCUGUGGAGAGGAAGUGCCUUCUCUCCGGGUCGUGGCAGAGUGACACCAGCUCUCGGAUGGUUGUGUUCACCCUGGACAAGGACAACAGAUUCUCUGGUUCUUUCCUGCCGGGAUCUGCUGCUGGCAAUUCGGAACUCCUCACCUCACCACUGCAGGGGUCCCAGCAGGAUACAGGGUUGGCUCCACAGCCCACCUUCUCCUUCACCGUGAACUGGCGGCUCCGAGACUUAGAGACUGCCUGGACAACUGUCUUCCUGGGCCAGUGCUAUGUGGACACCAGUGGGGAGGAGACCCUGCAUGCCCUGUGGCUCCUGCGAGAGGCAUCCGACAGUCCUGAAGAGGACUGGAAAGCCACCCGGAUUGGCACCAAUAUCUUCACACGGAUAAAAUAA